AUGACGAAAUAGCGACAGAAACACUUGGCGAGGUAUGGAGAUUGCUCGCUUCGUAUUGUCGUAAAUUCGAUGUUUAUUUAUUCUGACCUUUAGCUAAACAACACUAUAAGCCUCAUUACCAUUAACUUUACCGUAAAUCAUUCAUAUGUAAAUAGUUUAGUCUGUGCGUGAAAUUUAGUGAUAAACCAGUGCAAGACCGGAGUGCGUGUAGUCUUACAUUUCGGAUAGACCCAGUGACGUCAGAUGCAACCGCUCAACCGACCCAUUCGCCGUGGGUGCCAUCGAGAAAGACGUAUAUAAAACGUAGUCAGCAGGACUAUAAUCUGCAUGUGAUAUAAUUUAUUCUAGCUAUAACGACGACUAUAGAGAAACAUAUACAUACUCCUAAUAAACGACUAGAAAUACUUAGAGAAAAUAGAAUUAGAAGCAAACAAAAGAAACAAACAAAGGAGAAACAUUUAAUCUUUACUCAGAAAUACUGAAGAAGGUAAAUCAAAUACUAACAUAAUUAAAGAAGACACGCUUAAAUUAGAAGAUUUGAAUAUAGAACAAGAUCUAAUCGUAAAUAAUAAAGAAGAUAUAGAGGAUAGCACAAUACAAAAUGAAGGACAGCCAGAAACCUUGCCAACACACGUUGACUGAUGACGCGGUCUACAAAGAAGUAGUUGUUAUAGGAAACGGCCCGAGUGGGAUGGUGACGUCAUUCAUGCUAGCUGGCAACGUGCCAUAUCUCAAGGAAGUCCCCGCAGACCUACCCAUUGACGACAUGCUUAGGGCCAGAUUGGAAAAUAUACCGGCCGGUCAGAGCCUUUACGAAGCUGACCUCUCAGAGCUCGCUGAGGGCCUGGAGGGGCGGAGCCAGAACCCUAUCCCACUACUGAUGGACAAUUUACUGAGGCCGUGCGCAGACCUAGGCAUCCCGGCGGACUCGCUCAUAGAGUGGAAAUAUGACGUACAAAAACAAAUAGACCACAUAGUCCUAGGCCGGGGCCCUCCCGGCGGCGCUUGGCACACCUUCCCCCCCUCCGUGCUCACCCUCUCCCCCGCGGCGUGGCUCUCACUCCCACCACACCCGGCAGAGGGGGAGGGAAGACUGCCGGCACGCGCUGUAGCUAACUACUGUAGGAGAUAUGUUCAGAAGUGUAAACUACAGCGCUACUUCCGGUCCGGCGUGAUCGUGUCGAGCGUGCGCGCCGCGCCGCGCGCAGGCGCGCCGUGCGCCGGCGCAUGCCCUCACAAUGCGCGCUACGUUGUCUCCGGAUACGACAAGUCCUGCGGCCGUCCGUUCCGUAUCCUCUGCAAGCGGGUGGUGGUCGCCUGCGGUGGUAGCGACCGUCCCAACACAUUAGACCCGGCCAUAGCGCCCUACGCGCUGCAUUCACUCAGCGCACUACAGAGGGCGCUGCCUCAGAACAUUCCCGAUGCAUUAGAGCCGCCGACCGUGCUAGUGGUGGGGUCGGGCGUGAGCGCGGCGGACGCGGUGUGGUUGUCCCUUAAAGCCGGGUGCCGCGUCGCACAUGUCCACCGCACCCCGGCGCCUGCGCUGGCCAAGCUGGACCCUGAGGCCUACCCAGAUUAUACACAGGUCUACAAAAUGAUGUGCGACGGGCCAUCAGGCAACCACCCGAACUACACCCCCUACCCCCACCACGUCAUCGCCGAGGCCGCCCCCCUCUCCCCCAACAAACCCCCCAAGAUGGCUGACGAAGAAGACUGCCCCAAAUCCGUCAAACUACUAGACAUCGUCACAAACGAAAUGAAAGAAUUAACCGUUUCAAUCAUCGCCGUUCUUAUCGGCUCAAAACCAGACUUGUUUUUCUUACAAACCAACUUUAACUUAAACUGUAUAGAUUUAAAUAAUUGUGUCAAAUGUACAGACGAAUCCAAGCAUGCGGCUAAGCGAAAAAUCGAGGACAACCGAUGUUUUUUCAAAAACCAUUGGCAUUACUUCAAAACUGUACUCGGACAGAGUAUCCAAAGCUGCAAAUCAAGAUAUUUAAAUUCAGAAAUCAAUGGGAAUGACACUAAAUGUAUAGUGCCAGAUUGUAACAAGCGUAUGGAGUGUAAAUGUCAAGUGGUACCGUAUUCGGAUCCGUUAGAAAAUAAGAUAAAAUGUCAAUGUCGGUUUACUAACCCGUACUCAAGUGGCUUAGGUUUUGGUAUAGAUCCGAAAGUUGGAGUAAAUUGUAGGGAAAAUCCUGUGGCGAUCGACAAAGGUACUCAUGAGAUGCUUUACAGCCCCGGCUUGUAUGCUCUGGGGCCGCUGACAGCAGAUAAUUUCGUUCGUUUCAUUCCCGGCGGGGCGCUGGCGGCGGUCGCUCAUAUGCACAAGGAAAGAAAGAACGAGUGAAUGAUAUAUGUGAUGGAAUACUUUUUACAAUAAAUAUUUUUUUAUACCUGAA